UCAGACAAUGGCUUUGAGUGUAACAAGUGUGGAAGAUUAUACAAGGCACGAUGCACACUUAACAGACAUAUACGUUAUGAGUGUGGAUUUUCCAGAAACCAGUUCAGCUGUCCAUUUUGUGGCAAGCGGUUCAGUCGCCCUGAUAACUAUCGCACUCAUCUUCUUCUCCUACAUCCUUCUGAGCCACUCAAUGUGGAAUUCACUAUUUUUGAUGCCUGAAGCACUGUUUUUAAUGGAAGAUAGACCUACUGAUUUCCAAUUUUCGAGAUCAGGAGUGGCAUUCCAGAACAAAAGAACUACGGCAGGGUUUUAUUGUUACAACUGUGGUAGACACUACCGGUGGAAACAUUCGCUGACAGCACAUUUAAAAAAUGAGUGUGGCAAAGAACCAUCACUGCAGUGCCCAUUCUGUGUGUACAGAGCUAAACAAAUGUCCAAUUUUCGAAGACACAUCAGAGUGGUUCAUCGGCAGGCUGUGACAAUAUAGGACUACUGAUUUCCAGUUUCCAAGAUCAGGACUGGGGAUCCAGAACAAACAAACAGCUGCUGGGUUUUAUUGUUACAACUGCGGUAGAUGCUAUCGGUGGAAAAAUUCACUUACAGCACAUUUAAAAAAUGAGUGUGGAAAAGAACCAUCUCUGCGGUGCCCAUACUGCAUGUAUAAAUCAAAACAAAUGUCUUCCAUCCGAAGGCAUAUCAGAGAUGUUCAUCAGCAGGCUGUCUGAACAUACAUUUCAAGCUUUGAAAUGAAUCUUUAACAGCAAUAUUUGUAGUGCUUUCUCUGGAACAUUAGACUGUUAUUUAUGCAAACUAUGUGGACCACUAUGAGUGAUGUUUGAUGUGUUUCCUCUAAAUGAGUGUCUCUAAAUUUAUGUUCCUAUUUCUGAAGUGAGAGUCUGUGUUUUCCAAUUUCUUCAUGUGUGUUGUGGGUUAUAGAUGCCUGAGAAUAUGGAUGCCUGUUUGUACAUAAGUAAUUAUCUGUUCAUUACUUUUGUAUAUUUUUCUUUCUUAA